AUGACAGCGCCUGGCUGUCGCAGCGCCAAUCGAGCUCACGGGCCUACACCCUCAAGACGGGUUUCUUUCACGCAUACAUGGGCAAAUUCCUCUUCCCAAGUGUCACGGUCCGUCCAUGGGCGGGAUGAUGGGAAACUUCAACGAGCAUGCCCACUAAAACAUGGGCUUCGACCCUUUCGCUUCGCCGGUUCCAGCACAGCCAUGUUCCAGGGUUCUCCGUCUCCGAGCUUGACCCUUUGGGGGGGAUGUUGCCGAGGCCCGCCUAGAAACUUGACGCUUGCAAACUGGUCCCGGGCCAAGUUGAACAGGAUAAUGGCCGCUGCGAGCUACCCCAACCGAGCGUACCACCCCAAUACGAGCUGGGAAAACCGCGCAGCUUGA